GGAAUUCGCACGGUCGCCGCGCCGCGAGCCUCGCGAGUCGCGACGCCGGGAGCCGCCGCCAGUGCACGACCGACCGCUCGCGUUCGAGGACGACCUGUCGCUCCACGCGCCCGCUACUUAUUACGCAGCUGCGAAUUUCGCCGACCGCGUGGGCUUCGCCGGACUGUGAGCUCAGCGGACAAGUCGGAAGGUCCUCCUGCCUCUUGGCCGCGCUUGUUUAUCGAGUGUAUCCGAAGUGUCAAGUGAUAUAGCUGUUAUCAGUGUCGAAAAGUUUUCCCCGACUGUUGUAAACUUUAGACGAUACGCGCUCCGUUCUCGGGUGUUCAGUGAUAAUCGUAGCCCAAUACGCUUUUUAGCCACGUUACAAGGUUAACGUGCCUCGAGCCCGCCAGAGAUGAAUUGGAAAAUCGGCGCGUAGUCGCUCACGUGGUGCUCGCCCCGCCCCCGCCGCGCGCCGCACUCGCCGCGUAUAUUUAGCGAAAAUCGCCUCUAGGGAGCGGCCCGACGGCAGAUAGCACACGCUCAUCUCUGUUUAUGAACGUUAGCACGACGCCACAUGUUAUUGGCUUCGUAUAUCGAGGCGAUAAGGAGUUAGAUAACCUUUGCGGAUCGCGGGCAGGGUCUGAUCACGUUCUGGAAAUAUAAAGAAAUCCAAAAACAAACGGUGAAGCGAGCCUGUGUACGAUGAUAACGACGGUAGUAAAUUCGCGCCAGUGAGCGUGCGGAGCGACACACCUACCAAAAAAUUCCACGGCUCGGCGACACCGCGCAGUAGAAAUGUCUCUGCCGAGAGGAAUCAACUACCCGAGCCCGUGGUCUUCGCAAACGGCACUCUCGGAGCUGGAGGGAGCCAUGGGAGAGUUGGAGCCUCUGGGAGAACUGGCAGACGUAGGCUUUGAGCCUCAAACACGAGCUCGAUCUAACACGUGGCCAUUGCCGAGGCCGGAAAAUUAUAUAGAACCAGAAGACUCUGGCUCCAAGAAGAACUCUAAUCAAAAUCUUUCUGGUGCCCCGCCCUUGCCGUUAGUGGCAAAGAAAAACUCCUCCAGGCGUAACGCUUGGGGCAACCUUUCCUAUGCUGAUCUCAUUACUCAAGCUAUAACCUCUUCUCAAGAUAAUAGACUAACGCUGUCCCAAAUAUACGAGUGGAUGGUCCAGAAUGUGCCAUAUUUUAAAGAUAAAGGAGACAGUAAUUCUUCUGCCGGAUGGAAGAACUCGAUUCGGCACAAUCUGUCUUUGCACAACCGGUUCAUGAGGGUCCAGAACGAAGGCACGGGCAAGUCCUCAUGGUGGAUGAUCAACCCGGACGCCAAGCCCGGCAAGUCGGUGAGGCGGCGGGCCUCCUCCAUGGAGACGUCCAAGUCUGAAAAACGAAGAGGACGUAUAAAAAAGAAGCCGGAAGCGUUAAGAAAUGGAGUGACAGCCGACGCCACACCAAGCCCCAGUAGUUCGAUAUCAGAAAGUCUCGAUAUGUUUCCCGAUUCUCCAAUACACAGCAUUUUACAGUUAUCACCGGACUUCCGUCAGAGGACCUCAUCGAACGCUUCGUCAUGCGGCCGUCUGUCACCGAUCCAGUCUCUAAUGCCCUCUCAACCGGACUGGGCCUCAGACUACCCUCCUGCUGGGGAUUACACUCCGAGCAAUGAUUAUUCUCAAACAGAAUACCCCAAUACUCAAGACGACGUCCUAGCCGGAACACUCGCAGACUCGAUGAAGCUACACGGAGCAGACCCAUACCUCAAUACGUACGUUCCAACGACAUCGUCGUCAACCUCGUCUGGGAGUUUCCGUUAUGCGUACGGUGCGUGUCCCCGACAUCCGCACGGUGGGUGCAACUGCUCGUCACUGUUCCCCGCGCACCCUGCGCACCCGGCGCACCCGGCGCACCCGGCUCACCCAGCGCACCCACAUCAACACGCACUCAAUCAUUUCGUACGACCGCCACCGCCUGCCGACCCUGCUGAUAUUAUGCAAACAGAAAACACCCAAAUGCAAAUGGUGGCGACGUCAGACCCUGGACUGUUAAACGGUGGCUUAAUGUUGCAAACGGGGGCCAUGGUGCCCACGACGGUGAUGGGCCAGAUCAUGGGCGCCCUAAACACGGGACUCGCAGAGGACUUGAAUUUGAAUAUAGAGACAUUGGAGCACAGUUUCGAUUGUAAUGUCGAUGACGUAAUAAACCACGAACUCAGCAUGGGCGGCGCAUUGGACUUCAACUUUCAACAACAGAACACGUCAAUGGCAGCCGAGGCCGAGAGUCAGUUCGUCGCGCCAGCACCACCUGUCCCCACUACACUCUCGGGCGGUGGGGCCCCUCCCUACUCCGUAGCCCCCUCUUGGGUCCACUGAAACCGUACUAUCCCAUUUACUUGUACUUGCGCGUUGAAAUAACCGCUGUUUUUUUUAAUGUAAAUAUUUACGCGGACAGAUUAUGUUCAAGUUUGUUACUUUGCAUGCAGACUUUUUUUUUAUUAUUUUGUUAAUAUUAGAAUUUUAUUUAGUGUUAGUUAAGGCGGUGCGUUACCUGUUGUUAAAGCGUCAAUUGUGUUAGUGUAGGCGAUAGUUAUAAGCUAGGUGGAAGCUUGUGAUAUGAGUAGUUUAUUUGCGGUUCAGAGGACCGAGAGGGGGCUUGGCGGGCCCCGCUAUGAAGUUUAGAAAAGAUGUGUCUACGAUGAAGAUUUGAUCCAAUAUUCAAAAACAGAAAGCCAGAAAACGCCAAUGCUGAUCGACUGCGAUCGUAAACAAUGCAAACUGAAACUUUAAAAUAAAGUGAUUGCUUUUUAAAAAAAACUUUUUACUUGAAAAAAGGAAAAAAUAAAUGUGACGAUGAAGUGAGAGACAUUUGAAGAAAAUAAUGUUCAAAGAUUAUGGUACCUCGCGUAUUAUUUUUUAAGAAAGUGAUUGGGAAAAAAUUUCAAUGAAAUUUCGGAUUUUGUUUAUAUAUUUUUAUUACUUACAAAUACAAUAAUUUAUAUUACGUAAGAACAUUUGGUGCAUUUCGGUUAUACAGAUAUUCUAAAUCGAAUCCGAAAUUAACUGUAUGGUAUUCGCCAAACAUACAGUCCACUCUGAAGUUGCAACACGCCGAAAAUAUGUCAUCAAAUUAAAGAAAGAAAAAGGGAUAUGUUUUUGACGUUUUUAUCCACUGCGCAGCUAAAUGCGUUGUUCAGAUCGGACUUGAAAUUUGGCACACACUACAUAAGUUCACCUCGUAAAGCUUUUCCGUUUUGAUAGCUCAUUCGCUAAAUCGGUAGCUUUCAAAGAAUAACAUAAACCGAACUUGUCUGAGAUUUGUAGCAUAAAUAAAUGUCUUUUAGAAUAGAAGACCAUUGAAAUUAUUAACAAAUGAAAUCGGCGGCUAUCAUUUACUGAAAGCAACUGAUAAUUUCAAAUGAAGUUUUAUUUCUAAAUCGUUUAGUUAUCAAUUUACUAUGGUACCGGUCACAUCGCCAAGCGAUAUUUUAUUCCGGUAUAUUUUAUGUAGGUAUAAACAUAUUGCUUAUAAAAUAAUAUGUUUGUAAAAUAAGAUGUUUUAUGGCACUUUUAGUAAUGCUAGCCACAAACGGUCAAUUAUUCUCACGUUUCUAAAAAGCAAACGGCAGUACCCACGCGCCAUACUAUACAAUUCAUGUACGCAGUGACCAACACACGAUCAAUUAUAGUCGUGGGUGCUAGAGAAACGUGAGAAUAAUUGACCGUUUGUGGCUAGGAUAACAAAUUCUCAAAAAUAUUAAUAUUGUUUCAUUUUAAAAACUACAUGCUCUUUUAAUUUGGUCAAGUUUAGGGUAUUUGGACACUGGAAUUAGCACCACGAACGAACAAUAUUAAAGUAUCAAUAAGUGCAGACAGUUAGACUGAUUUAUGCCCGAUAUUGGUGUGUUUUUUUCGUUAGGUACCUACAGCCACGCCACGAGUCGAAGGCUCACAUAUACCUAUGGUUGCCAUUAUUUUAUAUGUUUUACUAUUAAUUAAAAAUCGGUGUACUUCAAUUCCUCUUGAACGAUUACGUGCGGGCCAAUGUUGUUUAUAAUAUUUAAGUAAAUAAUUACUUUUAAGAUAAGGAUAUAUUUGUACGAACGUCAUCAAGUGCAACUUGCGUUUGAAUCGGGAUACUUUAGUUCUAAACCUACCUGAACUGAGAGUCUAUGAUAGUCAUACCAGCUGGCCUAUUCAUUAACUUGGUCAAUUAACAACAAAGUAACACCAUAGUCUAAAGCUAAACUCCGACCGAUACUGUACUUAUGGUUGGAGCAAGUGCUGAGAAAUAUUCAGCCUACAUAAAACGAGAUGUGUGUGUCUAUUAUAAGCUCUUAUUACAUACAGUUUGUCAUUGAAAUUCAUGGUAAGCCUUCAUAUAUUUAGACUGUAAAAACACAAUAGUGUAAAGUGCUAGGACGACACUGCACAAAUGUGUACGAGAUUCAGUAGCGCUGUUAUGCAACUAUGUUUUACUUGGCUCUGUAAAUUUGAAUUCGUCUUCAUCUCGCUCUAUCUAUAGUAUGGUGUAAGACAGAGAGAGAUAGAGACGAAUUUGAGUUGUAAAAUAGUUUUCCAGAGCUACUGCGCGGCGCUACAAAAAUUCUGUAGACAACUGGCUACGCCGUAGUAGCGGGGUAAUCUACCCUUUCUUUUUUAAAGUUUUACCUUAUUUUAGGUAAUUGCAGUCUUAUGUUGGAACUCUUGCGUCUACUGAUAAGUAUAUGAACUGACUUAAUAGUGAAAAUAGUUACUAUUUCCAUGUAAUAUUAAAAUUUUGUUAAAUGUAAUUGUGUGCAUGUACACUGUUGCUCAGCUUCGGGUAUUUCAGCUUUGCAUCUCACUCACGAACUUCAGCAUAUAAAUACAAAAUUAUCACAAUUACAAGCUUGUGAACAUUUUUGUGUGGAAUUGGCAAGUGCUUUAAUGACAAAACAAUCUUGAUACCUAUAUAAAUGACUAUGCAAUGACUAUAAUUUUAUAUAAAUUAUAAAGAUAAAGAUGUACAUUCCUUGUAUACGUAGGUACCUACUUAGAAAUCCGAGCAAUAGACGUAAACAAUCGAAUCCUAAUAUUCUUCUGGUACGGCUAGGUACCAUAAACGGCACAUCAACGUAAUAAAUCUCAAAAAUUAAAAUUCAAGAAAUACGUUAGAAAGCGUUAACAAAAGCCGUUAUAGUCAGAUGUCUAGUCCCAGAUGUUAAAUAUUUCGAAUAAGCUACUUCAUCGACUAAGUACAGUAGGUAAAUUGUAGUUAGCUGUUAAUGCUAACCAAAAACAUUACUCGUACAAUAAACGAGUGUACUUGUAAAUUACCUCAGUGAACAGUACUCCUAGUAAGUCUAGGUACAGAAAGGAGAUGGUCCAAAAUUGUAUGGCGCCCAGGUCCAGUCAUUGUACCCUAGCGCAAAUAAAAGAAAAUAUUUUUUUUAACUAUUUUUGAUUAUACAAAUCUACGAAUUUACUUUAAUUCUUUCGAAAUAAUAUUCAUUAUCUCUCAAGAAAUUAAACACUAAUACGGGUAAUAAUGGCGGAUCGAUGAUGUUUUCAAUGGAGUAAUCGAUUUGACGUUUGCUGUCAAUUGUCAUGUCAUAGUUGCUUUAAGAGCGCCAUCUUGAUAUAACUCAAAAACUUGGGUUUUGAUAUUAUUUAUUUCUUUUUAUUUAGUUACAUUUAUUCACUUUAAUAAAUUUUAAUAAGAUGCUUGUAUUUUUUAAAUUUUAAUGAUACGGGGUUACAUUAGUGGAUCUGAAAUGGACCAUCUCCUUUCCAAAUCUUUCGUUUUCUAGGCCUAAGAUAACCCCCCAAAGGUCCCCAUUGUAGCAUAGUUAAUUGACUCGACAACGAAAUAAAUUUUCGAAAACCAAACCAAUUUUGUACUAGGUGUACUGUUUGUGAUAGUUAUAUCCAUUAAGUGUUCAAUUUAGUGAAUUAAGUCAAUUCCCGUAAUAUUUGACGUCCAUAUACAAAUAUUUGGUAGCACUAAUUGAUUUUGCUAUGUAACUCCACGGUUGCGGGUAUAACAAUACUUAGGUAGAUAGAGUUCUGUAUUUAUCAAUGGCAUUUGCACUUAGUAAUAGAUUUGUAAUCGACAAUGGCGGGGCAAACUUAAUGUCAGCCACUGACGAUCAAGUAAUCUCACAUGCUUUCAGCGCUAACGACUUGACGUUUGAUAAAACUGAUCGUGUGUUGCACGAGAUCGGCAUGAUGUCUGUGACCUUAGCGCAAUUGAUAUCUGGAGCAGACAGUAUGGGCUUAAGGUAAAUCCCCUAAAAUCUAAGGCCAUUAUUAUUGGUAGUCCUGCCCUCAUCUCAAGAGUUGAUUGGGUAGAUCUCCGGCCAGUUUUGUAUAAUGGUACCACUAUUCCUUUUUGUGGCACAGUUAAAGAUCUUGGGGUUCAUCUUGAUAACCAGUUGUCGUGGUGCGUGCAUGUCAAAGAGUUGAGUAAAAAGAUGUUUGCUACUUUUGGCUCACUGAGACGUUUAAGAUCAUUUUUACCAAUUCCUACUAAAGUUAUGUUAGCACAUUCUCUUCUUCUUUCGGUUUUAGAUUAUGCGGACGCGAGCUAUCUAAAUAUAACUGAGGACCAACUCAAUAAACUUGAGCGACUUCAAAAUCUUGCUAUUCGGUUCAUAUUUAGCCUACGCAAAUAUGACCAUAUUUCUGAAUUCCGUCAGAAGCUCAAGUGGCUCCCUAUUCGUCGUCGCCGGGAUCUGCAUGUACUUUCACUUUUGUACUGUGUGUUGUUUAAUCCAAAAUCUCCUGUGUAUCUGAAGGAGAAAUUUACGUUUCAGGGAGUGCAGUCUGAACUGAGACAGUGUCGAUUACUAACUCUAUGUUUACCCGUGCAUAAGACGAAAUUUUAUAAACAUUCUUUCGUUGUGCAAGCCGUUAAGUUAUGGAAUGCUCUCCCUUUAAACAUACGGCAAUCAAAGACACUGGACAUUUUUAAAAAUGCCGUAAAGUCUCAUUAUCUGGUGCAGUAACGACGAUCUGUAUAUAUUAUUUCUUUUCAAUAUAAGGUAUUUAUUAGUAUAUUUUUGAUAUGUAUUUUACUCAUUAUUGUAGGUAUUUGUGUAAUAUUGUUUAUGUAUUAGGAUGUAAAUUAUUUGUAUGUAUGUGUAUUACUAAUACUAUGGUUAUUUUCGUUUUACGCCACCUGCUGAUGUCCUUAAGUUUUCCUAAACCGAAGGUUGCCUGGAAGAAAUCGCUACUUAGCGAUAAGGCCGCCUUUUGUAUGCUGAUCUCUUCUUAAUUUGUUUUUUAUUUCACUUGUUUUUGUCUUUGUGGUGUGCAAAUAAAGUAUAUUUAUCUUAUUUAUCUUAUGUCAUGCAUAUAGCGACUAACACAUGACCACUGCAGUCAUGUGAAAUGACUUGAUUAACAGUGGCUAACAUAAUGUGAAGGGGUCUACAUUUUGCGAAGGUCUCUAGUGGAGCUCGAACCGAAUUAUAUGAAAUGAAAACGCCAGUUUGAAUGCAGACUAAAUAGAAGCAUAAUGCCUAAAGUAACUUGAAAUAUUUUACCGUCUUCCAAUAAGGAGGAGGUUCUACGUUCAGCUGUACGUAUGUUUUUUUUCGUUAAGUUCGGGGCCUUAAAUACCCUUAUAACCGCAAGGUACUAAAUGCCCCACCUCCGCCUCUGCCGUUUUCGACCAUUGAAACACUGAAUUUCAAAGAUUACCUGCAUCAACUUCAUUUUAUCUAAAGAAAAAUGUUUAUUUUUUGUGGAAAAUUUUAAUUUUUACUUUGAUGUUUUUUCGGUAAUUCAUGUUUUUUUUUUCAACAUUCGUGUUUCAGUAUGCAAGUAAGCAAAUCUUAUACUAUGUGUAACCUACUAGUUAUAUAUAUUGAAAUCGUAUACAGGUGCUAGUUUUGAACACUUCCUUAAUUGCGUUGCAGAAACGGGUACCUAGUGUAUUAUUUCACUAUCAUUGAGAAUUGGUGCCAUGAUCUGCAAAAUAUGUAAACACUGCUUUAUAUAAUAUCUAAUACUACAUACGUAUAUAUGCAGCUGAUAUUGGUGCUAUAGAUAAUGUAUUACGUAACCACUAUUGUUAAAAGCUUGUUUUUUUUCUUUGUAGCUAAGGAGCUGGUGGCCUUGUUAUAGAUAUGAGUAAUUCGUAGAACAUUAUGUUCUAGAGGCAAUGUAAGCUAUGGCUAGCUCUUAAACAAAAUAUUUUUCAACUUAAUAAAAUACUACUCUACGUUACGCUACGUAUAAUAAAUAAUAAUAUUUUUUUUAUUCAUUUUUAAUAGUGUUUAUAUUCUAUUUUUAUUUUUAAAAAGGACUAAUAAAUAAAUAAGAAAAGAAAAAAAAAAUAGUACCUACUAGCUACUAAAGAGUGCCAGUAGAAAACUUUUAAAAAUUUUUGUUUUAUAAAAUUAUUCAUAAUGCAAUGAAAUAAUUAUUUAAAAAUUAUGCCACUAGCUCUCUAGCUACAUACUUAUGUUAAAAACAAAUGUAGUAAGUAAAAUGUGUUUUACAAUAAAUCGUACAAAUUAUACUUACUUCUAAAUUGCGAAGUAGCAUCGCAUUAUUGUAAGCUGCUACGUAUAAUUUACUAAAAAUGUUGGGACAUCGGAUGCUAACAAUAUAUUGUUUUUAUUUUUAUAAAAAUCUUAACGAGUCUAUAUGGUCAUACUAAUAUUUGAACUGCAAGCCAAAAGAAAAAUGCUAAUAUGUAAGCUAUGCACUAUGCAGAGGGCCUAGUGUCAGUUUGAUACUGUUACUAUCGCGUUAACGUAAACGCGAAUUUCUAAGGAAUUGAAACAGCGCCAUCUAGUGGCUCUACUGCACAACUAUGUCAAUUACAUAUAAAUUCACGUUUAGUAACAGUAUGCAAAUAUUUAAAACUCCCACUAGGCACACUGCUUGCAGUUCAAAUACAGCCAGUCUAUAUAGAUAAUAAUAUUAGGUAGUAAAUUGUUCAUUCUGUUUUUUCGCUUAAUAUUUUUUAUAUCAUAUACUAUUAUAUAUAAUUAAAAAAAUAUUAGGCGAAAAUAAUAUGUAUUUGUAUAAUGACGAUAAAUUUAAAGUGUUUGUUAUACGCAUAGAAUGACCAGUCAAUUUUUGGCGGUAGAUAGGCACAUAGUAGAAAGGAUGUUAGUUAAUUAUAAAUAUCAUAAUAUGGUUGUUAACAUUGUCUAAAUAUUAAGUUAAACCUAUAUACUUAAUUUAUAAGCAGAUUGUUGUCAAUCUUUGUGGUCAAUUAGCGUGGACCGUGCAUGUUCCAUUUAAUUUGGAAAUAAGAAUACCCAGAAGAGUUUACAAAAACUGGCAACUCUUUAACUUCGUAUGUUUUGUCGCCCACAUCAAACAAUACAAAAUAUUGUACUUACCUGGUGAAAUAGAGUAAUUUUCAUUAUGUGAUACGUAUAGGUCGAUGGGAGGGACAAAACUGAUGCGCAAAGUAGCAAUGGGUAUGCUUUUAGUCGUAAGCUUUUGUAAGAAAAUCUAGAAAGUAGGUAUUUGUUGAACACUUACCUAAGGGUUAGAAAAUUGUUGUAGGUACCUACUUGUAUGUUGUUGAUGAGUGAGUUGAGUUCCACCAACUUUGUUUACAUACCAGUUUGUCAGUGACAUACCUUUUUGUACCCAGAUACGAAUUGGAGCAUAGAAAACUUUUAAGUUAUCUUUAUACUAAUGAUCAUAAGUAAAGUUUCCUAAGCUCCUGUGGAACUUAAUGAAAUAAGCUUUUUUGAUGUAGGUAGAUGGGUUUACAACACUCAUGGAUGUUUAGUUUUGUAAAUAUUUUACUUGGUCAAAAUUGAUCGCACAAGAAAGUGCCGAACGAUAAUUAUUUUCGUGCGAUGCCUAACUAAAUAUUUAUUUAGUGCAACUUCGUAAUUUUUAAAAAGCUAGAUACAUAUUCGAAACUUUCCAAAUGUAAGUCCAUUCAUAUCUAGCUUAUUUAUUUCUCGAUAUUUAUUUGUUAAACGUGUCUGAAUUUAUAAAUGUUUACCACGUAAAAUAUUAUUUUAUUUUUUUAUAAGGUUCCUAUAGGUAUGACCUAUUCAGGUACCUAAUAGUUGUUUCUUUUUUAAGUUACUUUAUUAUUAUUUUAUUAAGGUUCUUGCUUAGUUAUAUAAACGAGAUGGGCUUUGAUCUGCAGUUUGUUGCACGAAUGAAACGCAUCUUGAGGUUUAAUUAAAAUGAAAUAUGUUACCAUUUGAUCGGUGUAAUUAUUUUAGCCCAUUUAAAUAAAAAUGUGGUUUGUUUAAGUAUAUAAAAAUGUGAACAUUGCUUGUAGUUGUAUAUUAUAAUUAUGUUGCUCGUUGUGGAUACGUUCGUCGAUCAUUUAUUACCUACUUGUUGAAAAAAAAUUUUAGCCAUUUUCGGACACAAUUUUGGUAGUACGAGAUCCGAUAUAAGAAAUUUAAAUACCUACCCCUCAUCUGUUAUCUAAUUGGCAUAAGAAAUAAAAGAAUAGAAAUUAUUCACAUUGACACAUUGCAAAAAUUGCCUUGUUAAAUUGCGGCUGAACAGUUUUAAAUGUUUUUUUUUUAUUAAAGUUAUUUAAUCUAGUUCCCUCAUUGGUUAAAUAAAUUUUAUUUUGUAUGAAAAAUGUGUCUACCCGCAAUACUACUAGACAACCAAUGUGACACUGUGAAUCUUAUCUAUCAUUUAUGGCUUAUCACUAAUAAAACAGAUGAGGGUAUAUAUUUUUAAUGCCGGCGCUUAGACAAUGGGUUUUAAAAUGCAUAGGUACAUUAAAUACUUAUUUCAGCAACUUGUUUGCAAAAAUUUUGCAUUAUAUGAAGUUUACUUUUAAAAACAAGAACAUUAGGAAUGUUUGCUGAACAUGAAUGGAAGAGUCGUUACGAAUAUAAUAAUGUGAUGGGGUUCAACCCUGGGUCUCAUUCCAACCCCUGUUUGAAUAAAAUUCGUUGACUUUUUUAAAUAAUUGACUUAUGACAAUUAUUUUUUUUAAAUACUUAGGUUAUUGUAAAUUUUACAUGAAUUGUUUAGUGUAGGUACCUAUUUAGAUAUCUACUUUUAUAAAAAUGUCUCCGAAAACGGCAUAAGAACGACCAAAUUCGACGGUUUUCGAAUGUUUUGAUGGUAGGUGUCCAGCAGACAUCUUGUAAUUUAUUUUCUACAAUGUUUAAGUUUUACGUUUUCAUUAUUAUGUUUAUAACGUAACUUUCUUUUUGGUUGCUUAAUUUUAACGUAACAAUGUUAAUACAAAAAUGUCAAAGAAUUAGUUAAGAUAGGAAAAUUAUGUGUUUAAAUGUAAAUAUAUAGAUGAAAACAUGUAUGUAGAAAUACAUAAAUAUUAUUUAUGUAUUAAAUUUGAUAUUGUUUUCAAAAUUUAA